AUGGAGCUUGGGUGGAGUUUCAAGUUCCCCCAUCAUGAGUCGGCCAGGCCUCGUGCUUCUGCCCGCAGCCAGCCACGGCUGCGGACGCGCGGGGGCUUUGUUGGCAGCGGAGGAGCUCUUGUGCUUGCCAGGCAUCUGGCCCUCGCCUAUGGCCGCGCCUGCAAGGUUCGGUGUGGGGCCAGCGGGGCCUCGAGAGCCGGCUUCAAGGUGAAUACCAAGUACAAAGGGGCUGUCUCCUACGGCACUGUGAGCAAGGAGGAGUUGGAGGAGGCAGCCCGCAUCCGCAGCGAGUACAGCGCGGAGCGCCCUGAGCAGGCUAAGUCCGCUCUUCCCGCAGCCAAGAAGAGGCUCCUGCUCAAGCGCCUGCAGCAGCCGGGCCAGGCGAAGACAGGCUACGGCCCCGCCAUUGCGCAGCUGAUGAGGGAAGCCAAGCCCCCCGACUCCGACUCGGCAGAGGCGAAAGAGGACGAAGCCGAUGGCAAUGAGAACUCGGCUCCCGGGUCGGAUGAAGCCCCAAAGGAUCAAGCUGAUGGUCAGAACUCCACCAGCUCCCAAGCACCAGAGUCGGGAGAAGCCCAAAAGGGCAGCGAAAGCAGCGAAAGCAGCGAAAGCUCCACCGACUUUCCUGGUCUUGCUGACACGGUUCUCCGGCGCCGGGCCGUUUGCCUGGAGUCCUGGGAAGGUUGGCCGGCAGCCAUGGCCCUGAGUGCAGCGCAGCGCAUUGCGGAAAAUCCGCGAGGCUCCGCGGCAGCCUCGAUCCAGGCGGCAGUCAGGGCAUUGAGUACAGCCGGGGAGCAUGUUCCCGCGGCGGAGCUGCUGCUGACGCUCCGCGACGGCGGCGUAGAUCGAGAGGUUCUAGAGCGCCGGCUCAACGUCCAGGCGGCCUCCGCCCUCUUCGAAGAGGUCGCCGUGCGCUCUGGCUUGGAGUUGCAGGCAGCGGGGUAUCUCGAUGACGCCUGGGAGGCCCUCAUGGCUGCAAGCGCCCAGCCAAGGCUCAGCCGAUUCCUACGUCGUCCGACCUUGAAGGCAUUAGCAGCGGUUUCAGAGCGCUUGGCCAACAACUCCUCCUCCAAUCCACGAGCACAGGUCAGAUACAUCCGGGGCGCGCUGGAUGCUGAGGUUGUUCUUCAAGGACUUUCUCGGGACCGUCGAGAGGCCGGUGAUGCGCAGCUCUUCCCUGAGUGA